AUGAAGUUCUCUCUCGUCGCAAUCGCUCUCAGCACCCUCGCUGCUGCCUCUCCCACUCCUGACAUGGAGCACGAGAAGCGCACCCUUGGCCUCCUCAAGCCCAAGAGCAGCGGUGUUCCCUUCACUUUCACUUCUACCUGGGAAGUCCAUGCUACUCCUGACCAAGUUGUCAACUCCGACAACGAGUUCACUGGCGGGCUCAAGGGAAGCAAGGGUCUCUUCAAGUUCGGCAUCAACUCCCACGAGGAUAUCAUCUGUUACAACAUCACCCUCUACGGCUUCCGUGGAGACUACGAGUCUCCCGCCGACACUGCCACUCACAUCCACGAGGCUCCCAAGGGCAAGUCCGGACCUCCUCGUAUUGCCUUCCCUAACCCCGUCGGUGACGAGAAGAGCCGCAACGCUGUCGGCUGCCUCCAGGGACCCUUCCGCACUGGUGUCAUCGCUGACGGCCAGGACACUGGUGUCGGCUUCACGGUCGCUGAGAUCGAAAAGAACCCUUCCCAGUUCUUCGCCGACUCCCACUCCAGCCUUGCUGUCCCGGGUGCUUUCCGAGGACAGCUCAACACCGGCAGAGUCUGCUAG